AUGACUGCAGCCGCAGUUAACGAUAACGUCCCGUUUCGCUGUACACAUGUCAUCGAAUACGACGAUGCCGAGAAGCGCAACUGGCGAAUGGUCGGGUUUGGUAGAUACAACGUCAGACCUCUCAGCCCCGAAGCCGAGCAAGCAUUCCAGAGCAUCCGGCUGCAGCUCAUCUCCAUCACCCGCAAUAUACCAUUGAUUUCCAUCAAAUGCAGAGGACCUUCUGCGAGAAGUCCUGCGGUAACUGUGGAAGGGCACCGGGUCACAGACAAGAAGAAAUCCGACCCGGAUCGAGACGGCGUGGAUGCCGUGGUGCUUAGGAAUAGCUCGCGACCCUUUGUAAAGGAGAUCAAGAAGCGGAUCAAACAAACCCGUAUCCUGGAGUUCGGUAGAACCAAAUUUGCAUUGACGGUGCGGGAUGAGCCACCCGGGUGGGAUUAG